AUGAGUUUGCACCAAACCACAAUCAGCCAGGUGCUGAAUAAAAGCAAGGCAGAGACAGAGGCUGAGAAGUGCAGUCAGCUUCUCACCAAGAGGACCAUGCUGUCUCCGAGCCUUGCUCUCCUGGUGUUCAUCUUCACCGUCAAGUCAGGUGACGGAGCCCAAAUCAUCGGAGGGGCACCGGUGGCCAUGCCGUCUAUGGCUCUGGUCGAAGGUCGAGAUGAAAACGGAAAGCAAUUUCUUUGUGGCGGGACCCUGAUCGACAAGAGAUUUGUCCUGACUGCUGCACACUGUGCCCGCAAAGAGAUGAAUGUGACUCUGGGGGUUCACUCUCGAAAAGGUAAAAAGGAGAAGCCCAUCAAAGUGACCCACAAGAAGAUCCAUCCUUGGUACGAUGAGAGUGUUCUUUCCAACAAUCUCAUGUUGCUCCAGUUGCAGUCACCUGUGAAGGAAACAAAGGCUGUGAAAUCAUACAGGAUCAAGACCCCACCAAAUUACCCCGGAGCUGGCAAGACCUGCUUGGUGGCUGGGUGGGGUCUCACUGGCUAUGGUACAUCAAAGCCAUCUGAUGUGCUGAUGGCCGCCAACGUGAAAGUGAUUGACUUGGAGACGUGCAACUCUGAAGACUUUUACGACUGUGACCCAUCGAUCAAGAAGGACGUGAUUUAUGCCGGCUGUGAUGGCAAGAAGCAGUGUGGUGUCUGGAAGGUGUGUAAACUAGUGUGA